AUGUCUUUCCCACAGCAGCAGCACCAGCAGCAGCAACCGCCAGCGCCGACAACGACGGUCUUUGUCGGCACUCUUAUCCACUCGACAGGUCUCGCCACCCUAGACAUCAUCGCACCAGCUGUCAGCGGCAGCGGAUUCUCGUUUAUAUCAUAUCACACAUUGCCCAAUAUCCUUGAUGUCGUUUCAUCCUUCAGACCAUCAUCUCAUCCCUCAUCUCGUCAAUCCCCAUUCAUUCCACCACAGAUCUGCCGGCUGCCACCACACUCCUUCCUCAUCCCCGGCCUCAUCGACACGCACGUCCACGCUCCACAAUACGCCUACACCGGCACCGGCUACACGCUUCCCCUGCUCGACUGGCUCACCACCUACACCUUCCCCUCCGAACGCAAGUUCUCCUCCCUCACGCACGCCCAGACCAUCUACCCCAAAGCCGUCGCGCGCUCCCUCCGCUGCGGCACAACUACCACCGCCUGGUACGGCACCCUCCACCUCCCCGCCACAAAGUCACUAGGCCAACGCGCCUUUGUCGGAAAAGUCUGCAUGGACCGGAACGGUGGUGAAGGCUACGUCGAACCCUCUGCCUCGGACAGUCUCAAAACAACAACAGAAUUCAUCACCGCCGUGCAAUCGCUGAACAUAGACACAGUCCAACCCAUCCUCACCCCCCGUUUCGCCGUCUCCUGCUCCUCCGAGCUCAUGAAAGGCCUUGCACACCUCGCGUCACAGCACGCCCUAAGAAUCCAAACCCACUGCUCCGAAAACCCCGCCGAAUGCUCAUUCAUCCGCGACCUCUUCCCCGCCUCGCGCGACUACGUCUCUGUCUACAACGACCAUGGCUUGCUGACCGACCGGACCGUCCUCGCGCACUGCGUUCACCUCUCGGAUGCCGAGACCACCCUCCUCAGCGAAACGCAGGCGGGGAUAUCCCACUGCCCCGUCAGCAACUUUGCCCUCUCCUCCGGGGUCUGCGACGUGCGCCGUCUCCUCGACGCCAACAUCAAAGUCGGCCUCGGCACCGACGUCGCCGGGGGCUGGAGUAUGAGCAUCGUGGAAGCGAUGCGCAGCGCGUUGGUCGCGAGUAAAGUCGUGGGGUUCACCCAACGGGACGAUGCGGUCCUCGCUUCUUUGAACAUUCCGAAAAGCGUGGUGGAGGACGACGAAGCCCCCUCGGUGCGGUACCAUGACCCACCGCAGCCGCAUCGGCCGUUGACGGUGCCGGAGGUGUUUCAUCUGGCGACGCUUGGCGGGGCGCGUGUGCUGAACAUCUCGGAGACGGUGGGGAACUUUGUACCGGGGAAGGAGUUUGACGCUGUGGUGGUCGACCUCGACGCGCCGGCGCCCGCGGCAUCGGAAACGGCAACGAGUGUGAUGGACGAGGCCCGCCGCCCCGUGACCGUGUUUGGGCAUGAUACCGUCGCGACGAUGUUUGAGAAGUGGGUGUUUUUGGGGGAUGAUCGGAAUGUGGCCCGGGUGUGGGUGAAGGGGAGGAGGGUUGUUUGAGGGUGGGGGGAGUCUGACUGGGGUUUGAGACCUUCUUCUUGUGAGGGUGAUGGGUGCGUUGGGAGAGCUUUUUGUGGAUAUUUUGUACAUCAUAGACAUGGGGUACCUUUUUUGUGACGUGGCACAUAGAACGCUUUGCACCUUUGCAAUCAGGACGUUUCUUACGCAGUUGCCCAUUGGUGGAUUUACACUCCGUACUGUAGAUACAUACAUAAAUACCAAAACUCUCCUGGCGCUCGAAGUUUGACGGCGUCCCGCGCGGAGCGGGUUUCGAAAAGGCACGAAUCUCCGGGAGCGGCAUCCCAUCCUCGUAUAUAGAUCCCCCC